GCGCGCUGGACGGUCCGGUUCCUUCGAAGCAACGUCCCGAUCGUCCCCCUGUGCGUCGCGUACGUCGUCAUGCUCGUCGCGUCGUGGAGCCCGGACACGCUGUCGCUCAUGAUGCCCGGGUCCCUCGAGGCUGGGAUAAGCGACGGGUUCAACCCGCAGUACUUCCCCAAACUGGACGGCAUCAUGACGUUGCUGUCUCGACGCGUCACCGCCGCGAGCGCGUGGCUGCAUCUGAUGUGCAUCAACUUCUUCGUGGGGAAGCACGCGACGAUCCGAGCGCUUCGCGAGGGGAUCCCGGUGUGGCACACGCUGGCGUUGACGCUCCUGACCGGGCCGUUGGGGUUGUGCUCGCACUGGGUCACGAGAGCGGUGCUC